AAAGGCGCCAAAGCUACACAGAGAAACCCUGUCUGCAAAAACAAAACAAAUCGAAAACAAAACAAAAAGAACAGCCCAACCAGGAAGUCUCCCGUCCUCGGCCAGCUGACAGAUUACAUUCAAGCAUGCUUGCGGUGAUCCAGAAAGAGAAAAGUUGUAAUGAGAUAUUUUCCGAUUACUUCAAGGAAAAUAAAACAGAGAUAGCCCAUGCAAUCCCCAAGCUGUUUCCUUUCCUAGAAAGCCUAAAGGACCGUUCCUUCAUCACCGACAGAAUCUAUGCUCAUUCUUACGAAGCCUACAGGAACUUGAUUCCUGUAGAGAACGUGGUGUACAAUGUCCUUGAUCACUUGGAGAAGUUAUCUGACUGGUCAUUUCUAAGCACUCUGUUCAACAGAACGAACCUGAAUGCAUAUCCUGGUUUAAGAGAGAUUCAUAAAAGCUUGGAAACCGAGCUACAGGACAAAUAUUUAUCCCAGAGAAGUAAACAAGACCAGAAACUUGCCACCAUACAGCCACGCUAUGAGCAAGGAGCUGGUGAUGGCUGUUCUCAAGGAAGUCUGACCCGGACACCCUCAGAUCCCUCCUCAUCUAAUGGGGCCAUCCAAUCUGGAAGUAGAAAAAGACUGUCAGAGUCUGCAUGGGACACGAAUACAGACCAUUCGGUUUUCUGUGAGUCUCAUCGAAUCAACUGUGAACGCGCCCAAGCAGGGACAAACCUACACACACAUGAAAACUGGACAGGACCUUGUUUUGUGAAACAAGAAAACCUACAGAAGCCUGGGACAGUGAAGAACCAAGAAGAUGAAGUCAUUGUGAUCAGCAGUGAGGGCUCAGAAUGCAGUGAUGAGGACGACGAGAAGGAACUCCUGGAAGUCUUCACCUUGACACCAGGAAUCAGGAGGCAGAUAGAAGAGGAGGGUGAGGAUCAUGUCCCUGGGCUCCAGAACUCAGAACUUCCCUCAGGAACUCACGCCUCCUGUUUCCUGACUCACCACCCUUGGGGGACAUCGAAGAGCCCAGCCGUCCAUUCUCUGCACCUUACUUUUUCUGAUGCUGUGAGGAUGUGGAGAGUUUAACAGGGUUCCAGACCUUAGUAAGCCUCAAGUCCUUAGCACAACUGACUCCAUGACGGAAGCACCAUUCAAACUGUAAAACUCAGCAUGUGGACAGCACCACCCACCAAAAUGAAAACAAAGAACUACUCCAUCAAAGCCCACAGUUCUGGAAAAGUCUCUAAAUGUACUAACCUCACUUUUUGGCUUCUGUAGUUCUGCUUCUGGCCAACUGUUCUUGUUAACUGAAGUAUGUCAACCUAGGACAUGGUUUCUUGUGCUUAAAAGCUCACCUUGGGGCUACACUGGGAUCUGGAACACCUAGUGUAAUAAUUGGUUGGCUAAUGGAGAUUUUCAUUGGCUUAAAUACAUGUCCAAGCAGUCUUGUCUGGUGGAUACCUCACAACAGGCAAUGUUCUCUGACUUUGUUGAUGUAUUGAUAGUACAGUCAAAAGAAAAUUAUGUACUUACAAGUUUUAUUUUGAUUUUCCCUUUCACAUAACCAUGCCUAUCUGAAGCAUAAUAAAAUAUAUAUUUGGCCUUUAUCCCCAUUUCUUUGCAUAGAGCUCUUGGAACUUCCUGGGUGCUCAUUAGCUGCCUAUAUUUAUGAGUAUCUAAGAGCAUGAGGCAGAAGGCUAGCUUGGACUACAAAGUGAUGUUGCUGGAAGUCUCUGUCUGGAGUAGGUGUUUUUUCAGGCAUGCUGUUCAAAGAAUUGAAGAAGCACAAACAAAUAUAAAAAUAGAAAGGGAUUUUAUUUAGAAACAAAGUUGUAAGUUCCCAAGACCUCCCUGGGCAACUGACAUCCUGGGUGGCAAGUUGAGGCACGAAUGGUGGGCAAGCCGCCCUGCCAGGCAUGAGUGAACCAACCAAUGAGAACAAGGUAAGUGGACCACAGGACAGUGUUCCUAGGAAAGUCCCUAACCUUUGAAUCUUGAUUGGUGAGAAAAUACAACUGUAGCCUGGUGCAGAUGUUUGUGGUUUUUAUGCUUAAAUAUUUGCUGACAUGAACAUCUGGGGAUGCAGUCAGCUCCCAAGUCUGUACUGCUGUCCCUGACAGGUCUUCUGUUGUGCUGCCCAGUAAUACAAUCUUGCUUUGCGUGA